UACAGAGAGAAUCUUCAUCUUCGAGACAGCGAUUCUGACACAUAUAUCUUGCAUUUCUAGAGACAUCAGAGAAGUUUGAUUUUUGAAUUGUUGGCGUGAACUCUGAAGUGAAGUGAAGAAGUGAAUACUUUUAAUAUUGCACUUGUGUAGUUAAGCUUGAUCACACUACUUAGGCUUAGUUGUAUUUUUUUUUCUUUUAUUUUUUAAUUGGGUUUUUAAGAUUCUUCAGAUUUCUUCACUUUUUUUUAGUAUUUAUAUUAAAUUAAAGGAGAGAGUGAGCGUUUUGUGUCUUCUUCUGAAUUAUGAAGCAGAAACCGUUUCUGGGUGUUUGUGAUUCCGAGGAAACUGUUUCUGGUUAGUAGUAUUAGUAAUGUUUUUUGAGCAUGCAGGACGCGGUUUUUCGGAAAGAUAGGGCUUUCUCUGAUUGCUGACUCUGGAAGCGUUACAUUUACAUGAGUUAAUAUUUAUUGAGAAGUUGUCAAAGCAAAGUUUUGGGGUUGUUGGUUUGGUGAUCCUUUCUCUGAGCCUGAGGCAUUUUCUCUGUCACUACAUUAGUGUGUGUCUGAGUCGUAGAAAUAAAAGUGUUUCUGUGAAGUUUGAAGAUUAAGCCACAACAUAUAUUGCUUAAAAGAAGGAUUGGAGAGUUGAGAACAAGGCUGUUUUGUGGAUCAUUCAAUGGCUAUCAAAAGGAUAAUCUCUUGGAAUAUCAAGCAAGUCAACUUGAUUUGAGGGCAUUGAAUGGUCGCUCUUGCUAAAGUGAGAGAAAAGACUAGUGGGGCAUGUUUUGGUACUUCAGUUUUGUUGGUCGAGCCAUGCUUUCAGUAAACAAGCUUUGUGUGAUCAUAGGAGAUUCUCGAAGUUGUUGGGGUUAUUGGGGUGGUUGUUUUUUUGUGCCUCAGAGUUUUCUAUUGGAGUCUUAAUUUAUAAUUUACGGAUCAUAUGAUUGCAACUGCUCCACCACAGCCUUUUAAUUUUCUAUGCUUGAUAUCAUUUUUCUAUUUACCAAUUGGCAUCUGGGGGCAUUUCUUUGAAGGCUUUGGUUUUCUUGUGUUGUUCCAUUGUGGCAGCUAAUCAUCGUCGGUUCUACGACUACCAAACUGAAAUCAUGGUGGAAGAUGGCGAUGAGGUUGCGGUAGAUGCUCGUUCCACAGAAGACUGGUUGUUGCAUGCACAAGAACUUGUUCCUGUUGUCAUUGAUAAGGCAAGAGAGGUCAAGGGAUUUGCCGGUAGAUGGAAGAUGAUUGUCGCAAAACUGGAACAGAUCCCUUUGCGGUUAUCGGAUUUGUCAAGCCAUCCAUGCUUCUCGAAGAAUGCUCUUUGCAAGGAGCAGUUGCAGGCUGUGUCAAAGACACUUGGGGAAGCGAUUGAAUUGACUGAGUUAUGUUUGAAGGAGAAGUAUGAGGGUAAGCUUCGGAUGCAGAGCGAUCUAGAUUCAUUGUCUGGGAAGCUUGAUUUGAAUUUGAGGGAUUGUGGGCUUCUGAUCAAGACUGGUGUGCUUGGUGAGGCUACUUUGCCAUUGGCUGUGUCUAGUUCUGUGGCAGAAUCAGAUGUUGCAACAUACAACAACAUAAGGGAGUUGCUGGCACGCCUUCAGAUCGGGCACUUGGAAGCGAAGCACCGAGCUUUAGACAGCGUCGUUGAGGCCAUGAAGGAGGAUGAGAAGAGUGUUUUAUCUGUUCUUGGUCGGAGCAAUAUUGCUGCUUUGGUUCAAUUGCUUACAGCUACCUCUCCCAGGAUAAGGGAGAAAACAGUUACUGUUAUAAGCUCGCUUGCAGAAUCCGGUAGCUGCGAAAAUUGGCUAGUUUCUGAAGGAGUUCUGCCACCUCUUAUAAGGCUUGUUGAAUCUGGCAGCACGGUGGGGAAGGAAAAGGCCACAAUAUCCCUUCAGAGGUUGUCGAUGUCAGCCGAAACAGCACGAGCAAUCGUGGGACACAGUGGGGUUCGUCCAUUGGUUGAACUUUGUCAAAUCGGUGAUUCUGUGUCACAGGCCGCGGCUGCGUGUACUCUGAAGAACAUAUCAGCUGUGCCUGAGGUUAGACAAGCUUUGGCUGAAGAAGGGAUUGUGAGGGUAAUGAUCAAUCUGCUUAACUGUGGAAUUCUGUUAGGUUCGAAAGAGCAUGCUGCAGAGUGCUUGCAGAACCUCACUGCAAGCAAUGAGAAUCUAAGGAGGAAUGUCAUAUCAGAAGGUGGUGUUAGGAGUCUUCUGGCUUAUCUUGAUGGUCCACUUCCUCAGGAAUCCGCGGUUGGAGCAUUGAGGAACUUGGUUGGAUCAGUUCCUGAGGAAUCCUUGGUUUCCCUUGGUUUGAUCCCCCGUUUGGCUCACGUGUUGAAGUCCGGAUCCUUAGGUGCUCAGCAAGCAGCUGCAGCCGCGAUAUGUCGGGUUUGCAGCUCCACAGACAUGAAGAAAAUGGUUGGUGAAGCUGGCUGCAUCCCUCUCCUUGUGAAGAUGCUUGAGGCCAAGUCAAACAGUGUUAGAGAGGUUGCUGCCCAAGCAAUUGCAAGCUUGAUGGUUGUGUCUCAGAAUCGAAGAGAGGUUAAGAAGGAUGACAAGAGUGUGCCAAACUUGGUUCAGUUGCUUGAUCAUAGUCCUCAGAACACUGCAAAAAAAUAUGCAGUUACUUGCCUUGGAUCACUUUCUUCAUGUAAGAAAUGUAAGAAGCUUAUGAUCUCAUAUGGGGCAAUUGGGUAUCUGAAGAAACUUACUGAGAUGGACAUUCCAGGAGCUAAAAAGCUGCAUGAAAGGUUGGAAAGAGGGAAAUUUAGAAGUUUAUUUAGCAAGAAAUAGAGGAAAAAAUUGUUAAUUUUUAAUUUUUUUUAUUUUGUAUUAAGAAGCAAAAUGCUAAGUUGCAAACUGGAAUGAACAGGUUUGCUAAUCUAUGUAUUAUAAAUCAGUGUUAGAUUAUAUUAUAAAUAUUUAAAUUUCUGUGCUC